AUGCUGUCCACAGUCGCGCUCACUCCCUCGUCUUUCCUGACUUUACCCCCCGAGGUCAGAAAUCUCAUCUACACCUUCGCUUUCCAGCUGCCACAGCCGAUUCAACUGCGGUCCCCGUCGGAAAGACGGCUGCGACCAUCGCGGCCUCCCAGAGACGACGCGCGAGGUUUGCUCGACAGUUGUCGCAUGAUCCGUCAAGAGGCCAUCCCGCUCUACUAUAGCCUGAAUGCCCUCGUGUUCCGCUCGACAGAACAUGUGCUGGCAUUCAUGUCCGACCCACAGAUUCACCCGUCGAUCAGACCAUCGCUUGCGCACGUUGCCGUCGACUUUGGCGACAGCACCGACGCUGACGCCAUCCUCAAGGACCACAUCAGCCUCGUCGACAGCUGUGUCGGAACGCUGCCUCGACUGAGAGCUCUAGAAACCCGCUUCUAUGCCCGUACCCUGGACACCUGCACAUCAUCACACUUCAACACGCUCGCCCUGGCCUUUGACGGACUGGACGCCGACAUGAACGCGCCACCAUCGCCCCGUUGCCCUCGCUCACCUCGUGGUUCGCCACGGAGCUCCGUCUGCAGCGAAAGCGGCAGGGUCUCGCCAGCCUCUGCGUGCUCGUCGCCUUGUUCGGAACUGGUGCCGGACCUGGAACCGCAGCCGGAGCGAGACAUGUCGGCCAUCCACGCCGCGGUGAUGGAACAAUAUUGCUUCACGCCUUCCGCCGCCAUGGCCUUUGCCACAUCGAAACUCAAGUUCUCCGUCGCCGCCUCAUCACAUGACUACCCUGGCUUCAAGCAUGACAAGUUGAUCUGCUACAACCUUCGCAUCGGAGUCGACGGUGUCGUCAAUGCUCUCGGCCCUGCCAACGACGCUGUCAAACAACGAAUCAGCCGCGUCGGUAUCUUGCCUCGUCGUCUCGGCGAUAUGUACGAUACUGCUGCUGAUGGCGGCUUUCACCAAAGAGUGCGUGCCACCAUGGCGUCCUGCUCGAGGAUCGAUGUUGGUGUUUCUUGA